CUUAUCUAACGAGCCCAACGAUCGAACAGGAACAGUCAAAUGAUUCGGCUGAUGAUCGCCUCGCUCAUCUGUGUUAUUCUGAUCAGCCCGAACCAUACAGAGGCAUUCUUGGGACGGCGACGGCGACGGAUAGCUGCUCCUCCACCUCCAGCUACUUGUCAGGUAAACUACAGUCCACCCCUGAGUAAUACAAACAAUGCGUGCCCUUCAGGAAUGAGCAUCACUCAGAAUACACAAUGUGAUUUUACCUGCCCUACUGGAUACAAUCAGGUCGGGAGCUCAACUGUCUAUUGCCAGUCCAACGGUCUUCUAUCUGAUCAAAUUGGAUGCGAGAUUCUUUGCGAGGUUAACUACACUUUGCCGGUGACUAAUACCAACAACGCGUGCCCUGCAGGAACAAACAUCACUGAGAAUACACAAUGUGAUUUUACCUGUCCUACUGGAUACAAUCUGGUAGGGAGCUCAACUGUCUAUUGCCAGACCAACGGUGAACUAUCUGAUCAAAUUGGAUGCGAGCUCAUUACAUGUCCUGUUUCGAACUAUACCUCGCCUCUCAUUGGGUCAUGUGAAUCGAACUCUACUGUUGAUUGGUCAACUGAAUGUACGUUUGGAUGCGCUGAGGGAUAUCUCCUUGAAGGAGAUGAUACUUCAAGUUGUGGCGUAAAUGGACAACUAAACGGAUCUCUUCCAACUUGUACAAUUACUUGCCAGGUAAACUACACGUCGCUGGUAACGAAUAUCAACAAUGCGUGCCCUGCAGGAAUAAACAUCACCGAGGAUACACAGUGUGAUUUUACCUGUCCUACUGGAUACAAUCUGAUCGGGAACUCAACUGUCUACUGCCAGUCCAAUGGUCAACUAUCUGAUCAAAUUGGAUGUGAGAUCAUUACAUGUCCCGUAUGGAACUAUACUUGGCCUCUCAUCGGGUCAUGUGAUUCGAACUCUACUGUUGAUUGGUCAACUGAAUGUACGUUUGGAUGCGCUGAGGGAUAUCUCUUUGCAGGAGAUGAUACUACAAGUUGUGGCGUAAAUGGACAACUAAACGGAUCACUUCCAACUUGUACAAUUACUUGCCAGGUAAACUACACGUCGCUGGUAACGAAUACCAACAAUGCGUGCCCUGCAGGAAUAAACAUCACCGAGGAUACACAGUGUGAUUUUGCCUGCCCUACUGGAUACAAUCUGAUCGGGAGCUCAACUGUCUAUUGCCAGUCCAAUGGUCAACUAUCUGAUCGAAUUGGAUGUGAGAUCAUUACAUGUCCCGUAUGGAACUAUACUUGGCCUCUCAUUGGGUCAUGUGAUUCGAACUCCAAUGUUGAUUGGUCAACUGAAUGUACGUUUGGAUGCGCUGAGGGAUAUCUCUUUGCAGGAGAUGAUACUACAAGGUGUGGUGUAAAUGGACAACUAAACGGAUCUCUUCCAACUUGUACAAUUACUUGCCAGGUGAACUACAUUUCGCCGGUGACUAAUACCAACAAUGCGUGCCCUGCAGGAGUGAACAUCACCGAGGAUACACAGUGUGAUUUUACCUGCCCCACUGGAUACAAUCUGAUCGGGAGCUCAACUGUCUAUUGCCAGUCCAAUGGUCAAUUAUCUGAUCAAAUUGGAUGUGAGAUCAUUACAUGUCCUGUUUGGAACUAUAUUUGGCCUCUCAUCGGGUCAUGUGAUUCGAACUCCAAUGUUGAUUGGUCAACUGAAUGUACGUUUGAAUGCGCUGAGGGAUAUCUCUUUGCAGGAGAUGAUACUACAAGUUGUGGCGUAAAUGGACAACUAAACGGAUCUCUUCCAACUUGUACAAUUACUUGCCAGGUAAACUACACGUCGCUGGUAACGAAUAUCAACAAUGCGUGCCCUGCAGGAGUAAACAUCACCGAGGAUACACAGUGUGAUUUUACCUGUCCUACUGGAUAUAAUCUGGUUGGGAGCUCAACUGUCUAUUGCCAGUCCAACGGUGAACUAUCUGAUCAAAUUGGAUGUGAGAUCAUCAAAUGCCAGGUAUGGACCUACAAUUCGCCUCUCACUGGGACAUGUAUAUCAAGCUCUGUGGUCAAUUGGCAAGAUGAGUGUGUCUUUGAUUGCUCCGAUGGGUAUGCCCUCGCUGGUGACAAAACAACAUUGUGUCAAUUGGAUGGACAACUCGAAGGAUCUCUUCCAACAUGUCUUAUUCUUUGUGAGGUUAACUACACUCCGCCGGUGAAUAAUCCAAACAAUGCGUGCCCUGCAGGAACGAACAUCACUGAGAAUACACAAUGUGAUUUUACCUGCCCUACUGGAUACAAUCUGGUCGGAAGCUCAACUGUCUAUUGCCAGACCAACGGUGAACUAUCUGAUCAAAUUGGAUGUGAGAUCAUCAAAUGCCAGGUAUGGACCUACAAAUCGCCUCUCACUGGAUUAUGUGUAUCAAGCUCUGUGGUCAAUUGGCAAGAUGAGUGUGUCUUUGAUUGCUCCGAUGGGUAUGCCCUCGCUGGUGACAAAACAACAGUGUGUCAAUUGGAUGGACAACUCGAAGGAUCUCUUCCAACAUGUCUUAUUCUUUGUGAGGUUAACUACACUCCGCCGUUGAAUAAUCCAAACAAUGCGUGCCCUGCAGGAGUGAACAUUACUGAGGAUACACAGUGUGAUUUUACCUGCCCUACUGGAUACAAUCUGGUCGGAAGCUCAACUGUCUAUUGCCAGACCAACGGUGAACUAUCUGAUCAAAAUGGAUGUGAGAUUCUUUGUGAAGUAAGCUACCUUCCACCGCUGGACAACACCAACAAUGCGUGUCCUGCAGGAAUUGACAUCACUGAGAAUACACAAUGUGAUUUUACCUGCCCUUUUGGAUACAAGCUGGUCGGGAACUCAACUGUCUAUUGCCAGUCCAAUGGCCAACUUUCGGAUAACAUCGGCUGUAGCAAUAUUAACAAAUGCUCGACUUUGCCAUGCAGUGCGGAUGUAAAUAGUUUCUGUGUCAUCAUGAUGGAUACAUUCCAGUGCAACUGCUACGACGGCUUUGAAAACUCUUUAGAAAAUUCACAAUGCAAUCCUGGAACACCAACAGUACCAUGUCAAACCGACUCAUGUAUGAACGGAGGCACGUGUAAUCAAGAGCCUACGACGUUUACGUGCACAUGUCUCCCAGGCUUCACUGGCUUAAGGUGCCAAAACGAUUUGAGAUGUAAUGACGUCCUUUGUGAGGACACACAGGCUUGUUAUCAAGGAGUAUGUGUUUGUAGGGACGGCACAUCCCCUGUGAAUGGCAUAUGCUCAGAGCAAUGUUCGUCGAGUUGUUCGUUGGAACAAGAGAGGUGCAUGCAGUCUUCAUGUCAAUGUAGGCCAGGGUUAUACAGGAAAGAAGGAGGACAGGGCGUAGCUCAGUGUAUCGCAGCACGGCGUCUGCUCAGAACUUCCUUCAUUAUACGUGCUAUCAACGAUGUUCCAGUAAACUUUAACGAUGCAUACAGUGAUCCACAGAGCAAAGCCUACAUCGCCGGAGCUGAAGCAAUCAGAUACGUGAUGCCAAGGUUGCUCUCUGCAAGGGGUUUUAGGGGUGUCAUCAAUGCGGUACUUUUGGGAUAUUUCCAGGGUAGUCUAGGGGUGGACUUCACAGUCAGCGGAGAUGAAACUUUCGUUGGCAAUGCGACCACAUUGAUGAACGCCCUCUUGCAAGAGAGUAUGGACAGCGAUGGCCACCUAAUAGCAGACAAUACCACUCUUCUUAUCAACAUGGCAUCUCUUAGUGUUACAGAAAUCACCGAUGUUGAUGAAUGUGCUGAAGGAUCUCAUGACUGCGCAGAGAAUGCCCUGUGCAUCAAUACCGAUCCUGGACUAGGCUUUGAGUGCCUCUGUAAUGAGGGCUACGAUGACCUCUACCCAGCCACACUCCCUGGACGCUACUGUAUUUUCGCCUCUGAUACACCGGACAAUACAAUCAACGAGGCGGAUGAUUCCUUAAACGUCGGCCUUAUUGCUGGCCUUGUUCCUGGCCUGGGCUUUGCCUUGGUCCUCAUCAUUGCCUGCACUGCAUAUGCAUGCAUGAACUUUGUCCGUAUUCAGCGGGAGAAGAAUAUGGCUCAAUUUGUGAUGAAAGGUCGACCUCCUUCCUUCCAUCACUCUAGCGGAACCUCGAACGACCAGCUGUCGUACCGCAUUGAGAGCUCGCAAUCAGAUGUGUACUAUCACGUCACUGGCUCUGACAACACACGUUUUACACUUGGGACUAGUCAACGAAGUGGAGAUCGCCGAGUGCCGAGUAGCAAACGCUCAGUCUCAAGUGUCCGAUACAGCACAGGGUUGCCUCCACGCAUGGGAAGCUCGCAAUCCAAUCACUACAGCAAGAACCCAGGAUCUGACAUCAAACGUUCUAUUAAGGGGUACGGCCAGCGAAGUGGAGAUCAAGUGUCGAGUAGCAGACGUUCAGCCUCGAGUGGCUUUUACAACAACGGUCUCACGAUCCAUGAAUGAACAGGGAACGUUUAGGUCUACCGUUAGAAGCUCUACUGAAAACUACACUGUGUUAACGCUACAUGUAUACAGUAUAAUGCCCUAAAAUCAAAGUACUUGACUAUUUCAUUUCCCACACGAGUAGUGAGUUGUUCUGCCGAUAAAUCGAUAUGAAAUGUAUUAUUUCACUUCAUAUUUAAUCUUAUCUAAACAAUUAAUGUUCAGAUAUCAUAAACAUCUUUGAUGUGGUAAGUAACAUAUGGGACAAACAGUCUGGAAUAUCGUAAUAUCAAUUAAAUCGAAUUAAGGGCCUGGAAUAAAUUCAUAGAUUGGAGAGCGAAGUUUUCAAAAUAUUAACCGGUUAAUAUAAAAUAGGUUACCACGUAAAUUGUUUUCCAUUACGGUAACUUCUACUAAAUCAUUCAAGAAAUAUUUAAAAACUUUUUUAUACAUAUGUAAAUAAAAGCAUUGUAGUAGGAUAUUUUAUUGUUUUGAAUAUUCUGGACUCGGAGGUUUUGAUGCUGUUGGUAAUCUGCUCUGUAAGGGUGCGUUUAAUCGACACUUUUUCCACCUAGAAUC